AUGGGGCCCCCGGGGCAAUAGGGGAUUAUGGGGCCCCUGUGUCCUCGCCCACAGUCAAACCACACCCAAAAAAGCCUAUGAAAGGUACCAGGGGCAUCUCAUGGGGCCCCCUACUGACCCCGGGUCCUCGGGCAGAGCCCAAGUUCCCAAAUGGUCAGUCCACCCCUCAAAAGGUACCAGGGGCAUCUCAUGGGGAUCCCCUACUGUCCCCGGGCCCUCGGGCAGAGCCCAAAAAUAGACUACUAACUACAUCUUGGAUCAGGGGCGGACUGACAACUCAUGGGGCCCCCAGGCAACAGGGGAUCAUGGGGCCCCUGUGUCCUUGCCCAAACUCAAAAAAUCCUAUGAAAAAGGUACCAGAGGCAUCUCAUGGGGCCCCCUACUGACCCCCGGCCCUCGGGCAGUGCCCCAGUUUCCAAAUGGUCAGUCCGCCCCUGU